GGGAAGAGGAGAAGAAAGAAGAUGGGGUGAAGUGGACCCAACUGGAGCACCGAGGACCCUACUUUGCCCCCGUCUAUGAGCCGCUGCCUGACGAUGUGCGGUUUUAUUACGAUGGUAAACCCCUGAAGCUGAGCCUGGCAACGGAGGAGAUUGCCACCUUCUAUGCUAAAAUGCUUGAUCACGAGUACACAACCAAGGAAAUCUUCCAGAACAACUUCUUCAACGACUGGAGGAAGGAGAUGACCUCAGAUGAACAGAAGAUAAUCAAGGACCUGGACAAGUGUGACUUCAGAGAGAUCCACAAGUACUUUGUGGAUAAAAGCGAGGCACGGAAAGCACUCUCCAAAGAGGAGAAGCAGAAACUGAAGGAGGAGGCGGAUAAGAUCCAGGAGGAAUAUGGGUACUGCAUCCUUGAUGGGCACCGGGAGAAGAUAGGCAACUUCAAAACUGAGCCGCCAGGGCUUUUCCGUGGCCGUGGUGACCACCCCAAGAUGGGCAUGCUGAAGAAGAGGAUCAUGCCUGAGGAUGUUGUCAUCAACUGCAGCAAGGACUCAAAGAUCCCUGAGCCACCAGAAGGGCACAAGUGGAAGGAGGUGCGCUUCGACAACACCGUUACCUGGCUGGCCUCGUGGACUGAAAACAUCCAGAACACUCUGAAGUACAUCAUGCUGAACCCCAGCUCCAAGCUGAAGGGGGAGAAGGAUUGGCAGAAAUAUGAGGUAGCCCGGCGUUUAAAGGAUGUUGUCCACAAAAUCCGUGCUCAGUACCGCAUUGACUGGAAGUCCAAGGAGAUGAAGAAGCGGCAGAGAGCAGUGGCCCUCUAUUUCAUUGAUAAGCUGGCCCUGCGAGCCGGCAAUGAGAAGGAGGAAGGGGAGACUGCGGACACGGUUGGCUGCUGCUCCCUGCGUGUGGAGCACAUCAGGCUGCACCCUCAACUGGAUGGGCAGGAGCACGUGGUGGAAUUUGAUUUCCUCGGGAAAGACUCGAUCCGUUACUACAACAAAGUGUCAGUGGAGAAGAUGGUGUUCAAGAACCUGCAGCUCUUCAUGAAAAACAAGGACCCGUCAGAUGACCUCUUUGACAGGCUCAAUACAUCCAUCUUGAACAGACACCUCCAGAGUCUGAUGGAUGGUUUGAGCGCCAAAGUUUUCAGGACCUACAAUGCCUCCAUCACCCUGCAGGAGCAGCUCAAGGCACUCACUAACUCUGAAGACAAUGUCGCGGGAAAGCUCCUCUCCUACAACCGAGCUAACCGAGCUGUGGCCAUCCUGUGCAAUCAUCAGAGGUCUACACCGAAAACCUUCGAGAAGUCCAUGCAGAACCUCCAGGCCAAGAUCGAUGCCAAGAAGCAACAGGUGGAGGAAGCCCAGGAAGAGCUGAAAAAAGCCGAAGAUGAGUUUGAAGACACAAAAGAUGCCAAAGCAGAAGCCAAUGUGGAGAAGAAAAAGAAGCUGUUGAAGCGGCUGGAAGAGCAGCUGGCCAAGCUGAACGUCCAGGCCACAGAUAAGGAGGAGAACAAGCAGAUAGCUCUGGGCACAUCCAAGCUGAAUUACCUGGACCCCAGGAUUAGCAUAGCUUGGUGCAAGAAGUUCGGCGUGCCCAUCGAGAAGAUCUACAACAAGACACAGAGGGAGAAGUUUGCCUGGGCGAUCGACAUGGCCGACGAGGACUUUGAAUUCUGAGACGAUGCUUCUUCUGUUACAUCCUGCUCCUUUGGUGCUAUGGGAAAGCUUUUUUUUAUGUGCUGCUGCAGUCACUGCAGGGGUGGGGCUGGGGGUGUGGGUGUGUGUGUGUCUGAUAAAAGCUCUUUUUGCCGCCUUUGUAUACCAAGAAAACACCCAGUUUCUAGUUGAAACAGGUAUUGCUGACUUGUGACACUCAUCCUGACUGCAGUGACUUUGAAGUGAACUUCUAAUUCCUCUUCAGAGUUCCCGAGUGCUUUGUAUCUUUUCCUCUUCCGGAGUCUAGGAAGAAGAUUGAAUGAGAGCCUUAAUUGUGCUGAUUAAACAAGAUUAGAUCUAAUCCCAUCUCCUUGAUGGAGUGGAGCUGUGCUGCCCUUUACAGACUUUGUGCAUUGGCUUUGGGGAAACGCAAGGCAAUGGCAGCACCAAAGCAGGGAGCUGCAGUAUAAAACCUGGGCUUAGGCCGGGGGUGUGCUGGGAGGAAGGUAAGAAACUCAGGGUUUUACCUGUCAGGGUAUUUUGUGCUCUUUUACCUCCAGGAGAGGAGAAAAUUGUGCAAUUGCACAAACAUAAUCAAAAUGGAAGAAAUGUUGUGGGAGGGAGCGGAUCACACGGCAGGAGGAGGGAGCAGAGGAUGAUGCUGGAUUAAGGAGCAGGUUUCACACUGAAGGGAUGAAAUUCACCUUGGCAUGAGGUUCUUUAAUCACCCCUGUGCGGUUAAACCGUGAUCUGAAAGGUGACCUCUCAUUUGGGGCUGUAUUUAUUUUUUUUUUCCCCUUCUCCUACUUACUUCAGUUGGUUCUGGCUCAGCUCACUAUCUAUAGCAGAAACGAAACCGUCCAGCCCCAGCUUUAUCACUGGAAAAGGAUGAUGCUGGUGGUGGGGCUGGGUCAGACUACGGUGGGCUGUGAGCAUGCUGGGGGGGUGGUACCAAUCUUGCUGGAGCUGUGCCUGUGUGGGAGGACAGCUUUGCCAUCAUGCUGCAUCCUUGCCAGUCUGCUCCCGCUGGGCAUGGAGCAGGCAGGGAGGGGUGCUAUAAGCUGUUGCCUAAUUUGCUGCUCUUCAGAGGGGGGGGAAAAAAAAGUAUCAGUUUGUACCUGGCAAACAGUUAACCUACAUACCAGUGAAUCUCAGGUGUAAGCAAGCUGUUGCAUUGGCAGCAAAGCCUUCUGGCAUCUUAGGGUUGAUGUUCAGGUCGCUACGGCCCAGAGCUCUCGGUGCUACCCGUGUUGUUCACUUACAG